UAAACUUCUCUUCGUCUUCUUUUGGUCGCUUUCUCUCUCUCUCUCUCCCUCUAUAACUUCCACAUUGAUUGAUUCCUGAGAGGAAAGAUCUCUAAAUAUCAAAAAAUAGAAACGUCAAUCAAAGGAAGAAUAUGGGAUUAUAUUCGCUAAUCACAGGGAGAAGAGGACCAAGUGGGUUUGGUUCAGCUUCAACAGCUGAAGAGGUUACUCAAGGGAUUGAUGCAACUCAUCUCACUGCAAUCAUCACAGGGGGAACAGGAGGGAUAGGGUUGGAGACGGCGAGGGUACUGUCGAAGAGAGGAGCUCAUGUGGUCAUUGGUGCCCGAAACAUGAGAGGCGCAGAAAACGCCAAAACUGAGAUACUCAGACAAAACGCAAACGCACGUGUCACACUUCUACACUUAGAUCUCUCUUCCUUCAAAUCUAUCAAAGCCUUUGUUCGUGAAUUUCAUGCCCUCCAUCUCCCUCUCAAUCUCCUCAUAAACAAUGCAGGAGUAAUGUUCUGUCCAUACCAACUAUCAGAAGAUGGUAUCGAAUUGCAGUUUGCUACAAACCACAUUGGUCAUUUUCUGCUGACAAACUUGCUACUAGACACAAUGAAGAGCACAGCUAAGACCAGUGGCGUUGAAGGAAGGAUCUUAAAUGUAUCAUCUGUAGCUCAUAUCUAUACACACCAAGAUGGAAUCCAGUUCGACAGCAUCAAUGACAUUUGCAGUUACUCCGAUAAACGAGCUUACGGACAAUCGAAACUAGCCAAUAUAUUGCACGCGAAUGAGCUCUCCCGCCAAUUUCAGGAAGAGGGGGUUAACAUAACAGCAAACUCAGUUCACCCUGGUCUCAUUCUCACUAAUCUCUUCCAACACACUGCUCUUUUAAUGAGGUUCUUGAAGUUCUUCAGCUUCUACUUGUGGAAAAAUAUACCUCAGGGAGCAGCGACAACUUGUUAUGUUGCUCUGCAUCCAAGUGUGAAGGGAGUAACAGGAAAGUAUUAUGCAGACUGCAACGAAGUGACUCCAAGCAAACUUGCUAGAGAUGAGACUUUGGCACAGAAACUGUGGGACUUCAGCGUUAAGCUAAUCAACUCGGUUUCUAAAAAGAACUACUUGGGUUUUGAUGACACCACUUAAUCAACUAUGAAGUUCUCGUUUUGAGAGUGAAGAGAAAAGGUAGAGAUUGGGAUGUGAUUCACACCACCUUGUUUCUUCUUUCCACCCUAUCAUAUGGUAACUCCGAGGCAUUUAUUGUAUGCCAAAUUAUUUUUAUCGAGUGAUUAUGUAACGGUGUUAAAUCUUUUUUCAUAGCAUGGACAAUAAAAGAAUGAUUGUUCAUCA